CCAUUGGUAUAAUUGAACGCAAUAUUUGUUUGUGUAUAGAUGGAGAAACAUAAGUUCACAAAUGCGUAAAAAAAAACAUUCCGAAAAAUUUGCGAACAAGUGAAAGUUUAAAUAAUGAAAUAUUGAUAAAAGAUUCGAUAAAAAGUGAAGAUUGAAUAAAAUUUGAAGAAAAUUCUGUAAAAAUAAUUGGUAAAAGAUGGGUCGAAAAGCAAAAGAAGCGGCAACAAAAAAAAUUGGCGAGUGGACGAAUAGUCGACGCAAUAUGUCAAAAACAACAACAAAGAAUGAAAAUACCAACGCAUCAAAUGAAAGUCGUACACCACUCCAAACACAAUCCCAAAGCGAUCUAAAUGCCAUGAAAAAUUGUAGCGUUCGCUUAGAAAAAAUUCGAAUGGAUCCAAAAAUAACUGAUACCGUAAUUAAAACACCGGUAAAGAAAAUUCCAGCUACUCAUGUUAUGACCAAGGACAAGGCAGCUAAACAACAAAAUGUAUACGAUUAUUCAUUUGAUGGAGAGGAUACACCAGGGCCGAUGAAGGAAAUCGAAGACCAAAUGAAAGAUUUAUUCGAUAAAUUGGCCAAAGAUAAUAUUAUCGAAGUGAAAAAGUAUCGCCCGAAAAAUGUGAAGAAAACAAAAACCGAUGAAAAAAAUCCGGUUAAGAAGGCAGUCACACAAAAGCGACGCCGUGAUAAACAGCCAGUUGAUGUUGAACCACCACAAAAGAAACCUAAUCUUAAACGUAAAGUGGUUAAUGUUCCGAUCAAAUCAACGGCCAAUCCAACUGUUGUACCUUCAAAAGGUAGCGGUGAUGAUGUACGUGGACAAGUGAACGCAAUCAACACUGUGAAUGCAAAACUACGAAAUCCAAAUCUUCAACGUUUACAGUCCACACCAAAAACAUCAACACCACUUGGCACAAAAGCAAAUGCAAUGGGAAAACAAAAUAAUGGCUCAUUAAAUUCGAUAUUUUUUGAAAAUGCAUCGCCACUUGUGGGCCGAUCGACUCGAGGUAAUAUCCAGAAACAACGUUUACAGUUGUCAGCCAUUAAUGACAGUCAAGAAAAUGUGCCAAAAACGGGCCAGAAUGAAGACAAUGAAAACGUACCACAGUACAACUACAACGAUGAUAAUGAUUUUGAUGUUGGUAACAAUGGCGUGAACGAACCAGAUCAUGAUGUUGACAAGGAAAAUUCAUUGGAUCGCCCAAGUACCAGUGCACAAAGUCGACCCACUAACAGUUCAGUCGCUUCACAUUUGUGGGAUCAACCAAGCACAAGUGCGGCUGCAUUACGGUCAUUGGACAAACCGGCAAAUAGUGCAUCAAUUGAUAAAAAUCAGCCUGGAACUAGUUCGGGCAUUUUACGAUCACUGGAUCGUCCAACCACCAGUUCGGCAUCUACAUCAAAUGAAUGGGAUCAACCAAGCACAAGUGCGGCUGCUUUACGAUUAUUGGACAAACCGGGAAAGAGUGCAUCAAUUGAUAAAAAUCAACCUGGAACCAGUUCGGGCAUUUUACGACCACUGAAUCGUCCGAGCACCAGUUCGGCAUCUACAUCAAAUGGAUGGUAUCAGCCAAGUAUAAGUGCACAAGCUGCACGAACUCCACUCAAAAAUAGCAAUGACAACAGCGUUUUCGAAAUAUCAAGCGAAUACAACAUUUUUUCACCAACCAAACGUCGUGUUUAUGGCCGCAGCCCAUUGAAAAAUAUCACGAGUGAAGUGAACAACACAAAUUCACCAAGUUUUGAAUCGGUAAAAUCGACAACAUCGGCAGCGCGAAGUUUUGGUGUACUUCCCAAAUCGACAUUGAAUUCAAUUCAAACAAGUGUCAACUCAACAAAAGACUCUAGCGUUACACUCCCAGAAGCAUCAUAUUUUUCAUCGCGACGUGCCGCUCAAGUGUUCGAUCGAAAUGUUGACAGCCACAGUUUUGCCGACGAUUGUUUUGGUUUUGACGAUGAUGAUGAAGAAGAAAUUAUCAAUGAAACUACAAACAAAGAAUCGGAAUGUGCCAAAACCACAACCAACACCACCGCCGGCUCAAAGUCAGAAGCUGAAAAGUCGGCACUCGAUGAAAUUCGCGCAAAAUUAAAACGUUUUCUGCACAAACCAGAUGUCGACAAAGAUGAAAGCAUAAAAAAGACAAAAGUCACAAGCAAACAAGCCACAGCCGAUAAAACUAAAGCGAAACAUGUCAGAAGCCCAGCAAAGAGUCCAGCUAAAGUGGUAAAAAGUCCAGUAAAGCAGAAACGAAAUGUUGUCUUUGGCGAUACUGGCGCUAUACAAAAAGACAUUCGAACCGCAUUCGCGGUCAAACCAAGUGAUAAACGCAAAAAAGACAACUCCAAAGAUCCAGUAACCUUAUUCGAAGAGGUUGAUACGGUUCAAGACAGACGACGAAGUUACAGUCGCCCACAAAGACAGCGCAAACGACGAAUCUCAAUUGAAUCGGAAGAAUCGGAAGAAGAGGAACACAGUGACGAUGAAGACUUUGACGAUAUUGGAAAGCCUUCGAAACGGGCCAAGCGUCGCAAGAAAACAACAGAACCAAAUCCAAAAGAACUGGAAGAAUUGGAAGACUUCGCGCGCCAAACCAAUGAGCACUUUGAUGAAAUCGACAGCUUUGAAUUGGUCGUUGAAUGAAAUGGUUUUCAUAGAAAAUACAAACACACACAAAUGGCUGGCUCAAACAUUUAAAAUGAAUUUGAUAUCAAUAUAUAUUACAUUAUUAUUAUGAUAAACAUGAAACCCUUAUAACUCUAUAUGCAUCAUAGUUGUCUAGUAGGUUAGUAUACAUGAAUGAAAAAACAAACAAACUUUAUAAAGUUUAAAAUCUAUAUUCCAUAAACAUAUCUCCACAUUGAAUGACAUACACGAUACCAGUUUGCUCCAGUGCAUGACAGUUUAUACACAAUAUAACUUACCAUAUGUUCUUCGUUUGGUGGUCUGGUAUAGCUUACUUACGUUUUUUUUGUUUUGUAAAAAAAUAGUCUUUAGUUGCUCAUGCAUAAUCUUUAUUCAAAAUAUCAACUAUUUUUUGAGAGCAUUCAAAUUAAGUACAGAAAUAUAAAAAAACAUUGCAUCUUAAAAAUCUAAA